ACUCCCAUAGUCACCCCACUGAAACCCAAUGGAGCGGUCCGAAUUUGCGCAGAUUAUAAAUGCACAAUCAACAAAGCACUGCAGCAACAUUCCUACCCAGUACCAGUCGUGAGCCAUCUCCUGGCAUCGCUUCAAGGGGGAAAGAUUUUUGCCAAGCUUGAUCUGGCACAGGCUUACCAACAACUACCUGUGGACGAGGCGACGGCAGAAGCCCAAACGAUCGUGACACACCGGGGGGCGUUCAAGGUUAAGAGACUACAAUUCGGCGUCAACGUCGCCCCAGGAAUUUUCCAAGGCAUCAUGGAAGGACUUCUACGCGGAAUUCCAGGCGUCAUCCCGUACUUUGAUGACGUCCUAAUCGCUGGGGAGUCAGAAAGCGCACUUGCAGAGAGGCUUCGCUGUGUCCUUCGCAAACUACAGGACGCCGGCUUAAAGGUAAAGAGAGAGAAAUGCCAAUUCGCUGUUGAGAGUGUGGAGUUCUUGGGAUUCCUCAUUGACGCAGCCGGUAUUCAUCCCACACCAGCAAAGGUACGGGCCAUUAAAAGUGCACCUCCUCCAGGAUCAAAGAAGGAACUACAAUCCUUCCUGGGCCUAUUAAACUUCUACCACGCAUUCUUGCCACAUAAGGCCUCAAUUGCAGAACCCCUGCACCGCCUUCUAGAUUCCUCAGCCCCCUGGGGGUGGGGCAGAAGAGAAGCCGCGGCGUUUGAAGCAGUAAAAAAACUACUGUCGUCAGAGAGCGUGCUGACACACUUUGAUGAGAAAAAACCAAUAGUACUCGCCUGCGACGCCUCCCCAUAUGGUAUCGGAGCCGUCUUAAGCCACAGAAUGCAUACCGGGCAUGAAGCGCCCAUCGCCUAUUUUUCAAGAACCUUGUCGGCCGCGGAACGGAACUAUGCCCAAAUAGACAAGGAAGCUCUGGCAAUCGUUGCUGGAGUGAAAAAAUUCCAUGAUUACCUCUAUGGCCGGAAGUUCCUCAUCGCAACCGACCACAAACCACUCCUGGGACUACUUUCUCCAGACAAGCAAACGCCUCAAAUCCUUUCGCCCAGAAUGCUGCGGUGGACGGUGUUCAUGUCUGCCUACUCCUACGACUUACAGCACCGCCCCGGCAAAGCAAUGGGACAUGCCGAUGCCCUGAGCCGCCUGCCACUUGCUGACCAGGGGACCGACCCAUCUCCAGCUCAUCACAUCAUGCUGCUGGAAGACUUGCCGAGUCCACCACUUAGAGCCUCCGACGUGGCGUCACACACUGCUAAGGAUCGCACCCUCAGCCGCGUUCUCAACUGGGCGUGGAGGGGGUGGCCAUCAGGCCAGCUGGCCGAAGAGUUUCGGCCGUUCCUCAUUAGGCAGCACGAACUCUCAGUGCACAAGGGCUGUCUGCUAUGGGGAAAUAGAGUUGUAAUCCCCAGCAAACUGAGACAACAGGUGCUGGAGGCACUACACAGCGGACACCCAGGCAUAGUCCGCAUGAAGGCAAUGGCACGCAGCUAUGUUUGGUGGCCAGGCAUGGAUAGGGCUAUCGAGGAAUGGGUCCGUACCUGUCAGCCGUGCCAAGAAACACGCCCAGCUCCAGCGCAAGCCCCAGUACAUCCUUGGGAGUCAGCGAGAGCACCCUGGUCGAGACUCCACAUUGAUUUUGCAGGGCCAUUUCAGGGACAAACCUUCCUAAUAGUUGUGGACUCUUAUUCAAAAUGGCUAGAAGUUGUUCCCGUCUCCACAAUGACUACUGCUGUGGUCAUUAGGGCCCUACGUCAGCUGUUUGCAACACACGGUUUGGCUGACACGGUAGUGUCGGAUAACGGAACACAAUUCACGUCAGCGGAGUUCCGGCAGUUCCUGGCCAACAACGGCAUCAGGCAAGUCACGUCUGCUCCGUUCCACCCUUCCACCAAUGGGCAGGCAGAACGGAUGGUGCGGACAACAAAGGACAGCCUUCGGCGAAUCAGCCAAGGAGACUGGCAAUCGCGAUUGGCUGCGUUCCUGUUACAGCAACACGUCACGCCGCAUUCUACGACAGGGCGUAGCCCCGCUGAGCUACUCAUGAACAGGAAGCUCACCGUGACUCUCGACAGGCUGCACCCCGACCUAGCGGAUGAGGAAAGGCCCAUGCCGGAAGGAGAGGUAAGGACCUUCCAGCCGGGGGAUCUCGUAUAUGCCCGCGACUACAGCGGACGUCUGCCAUGGGUGCCGGCGACCAUGGACACCACAACGGGACCAGUGUCAUACGCCGUUGUCGCUGCGGAUGGCAGGAAACUACGAAGACACGUGGACCAGCUACGACCCAGAUGGCCGACCAGAACAACGGGAGCCGAGAGCUUACCAACGCCCAGUGAACAGGAUACCAUCCCUCCAGAAACGGACAGUGAAGCUAUACCACAGCAGGCACCAACAGUCAGCUCACCGGCUGCAGAGGCAAGUACUAACCCUGAGAACCAAGCGGAACUAAGGCCGGGCCCUGGAUCCCGAAAAGAGAGCCGAUCUAAUGCUACCCGCCACAAGAGCCAUGAGUGGCUCCUGCCAAAGCUCCUAAGGACUCAGCCAAUCCAGCAGCACGUCCCUCAAGUCCUGCAGCCAGAUGUCCUGGCCCCAACUGGACAAGUGGACCCCGUCUGGGCGAUACAAUGCCUCCAAGCGGAAGGAAAUGUCCGGGUGCAUAACGAGGCAGCCUCCAGUGGCAGUGAUGUGGCGACCCAUGUCCCGGGCCAGGCACUGCCUGGCCCCAUCGAUCUUCUCCAGGUCCCGAGCCCCCUGCCAGACACGCCUCCCCGCGCCUCCAAGCAUCCCCGCUGA